AUGAAUCCACCACAAACCAGCAAUAGUGUUGAAGAAAGUAAUAUUAGUUUGCUGAGAAACGAUAUGCAAAUCUAUGAAAGUGAACAGUUUGAGAAAGAGCCAUUUCUCAUAAGCCUACCUUAUGAACCUGAAGCCAAAGUUGAUGAGAUAUUUGAUAUUGAUUCUUCUGAAGAAGAAAAUGAAGAAUCAGCAUUAAAAAUUUAUAAAAAUCAAACUUUUCAAACGUGGGAUGACGCUGAAACUUUUUUGAAAAAAUAUACAUUAGAACAGGGCUUUAGUAUUCGAAAAAGACGUACUGAAACGUGUAUUGAAGAUGGCAUAGAAGUUAUGCAUAAAAUUAGUUGGAAAUGCAGUUGUGCUAGUAAAUACAAGCCCAAAAAAGUUUUAAAUCUGGAGGAUCAACAAAAUCGUAGGUCAAAAUAUACUGGAUGUGAAUGGAAAAUUAAUGGAAACAUGCUCAAAUCAUCAUUAGUUGUCACAUUUACUACUGUUGAGAAUUCUCAUAACCAUCCAAUGUCAUCAGCACCAUCAACUACAAUUGCGUACAACCGUAAGUUAGGAGAGGAUAUGAUAGAAUUUGUUGACUUUUGUGUAACACAUAGUAUAACCAGAGCACAGAAUAUAGGACAACUUCUAAGAGGCAAAUUUCCUAGUCGAAAAAUAUAUAAGAAAAAUUUGUAUAAUGCAAUUCAAAAUGCAAAAAUAAAACUUUCUUUUAAAAAUGAAUUGGAUGCAUCAAAUCUUUUACAACAUAUGUAUAGUCUUAAAACUAAUGAUCCUAGAUGA